UGGAUGGGAAGUGAGAGAGACGCAUGUGUGAAGAUUGCUUUGUCAGUAUGCCUGGAGGUGCACGACGCGACCUGCCCCGCCCUGCACGGACCUCAUACAUGCAACAGACUUAUAAUACUCGUGCGUUUCAACAAGUCAUCACUGAAACCUGUACUGAACCUGUUAAGUUGCCUCCCCUGGCUGCCUACCCGCUACACUCCACUGGUCUCCUACACACACCACAUCCUCAGAUCAUGGCCCCCUGCAUGCCACGUGGCCCCCAGACAACCCUGCCCCACAGGUCCACGUCAUCGAGGGGACGAGGGAACAGUUCCGAGAGAGGGACCGCGCUGGCUUCCAUCAUCACACUGCGUCUGUCUUCACCUCUGUAUGGUACGGUUAUGUGAUGGUAUGUGUGUGUGUGUGUGUGUGUGUGAUGGUGGUGGUAUUACAUUCUUCCACACUGAAUAUCCUCGGUCUGUCCUUUACUCAUAAUCUUAACUGCAAACUUCACAUCUCAUCUCUUGC